AUGGAGCCAUUUAUUUAUUUAGCUGAUUAUCCGGUAGUUAUAUGUAAGUUAUGCAGGUUUGGGUUUUCGCGAUUUCCGUUUCCAUCCCCGACAGUCGAGCCCGUCCCGUUUAUCGCGCCAGCAAAGCAGGAUGGUUUGGGGUGUAACGAAUGCCAGUAUGCCGUUCGGACAUUGCGGGGUAUACAAAAGCAUUAUGGGGAGAAACAUGGAUGGGUUAAUAUUUGGAAGAAGGGCGGGAACGUGGUUAAAAGGGCAAAGGGGGAACGACAAGUGCCGUGGAAAACAGGGGCUCGAUGUCAGCGGUUUUUUCCAAACCUUGCCGCCAGCGGGUGGUUCGAGUUCGGCCGUGACAGCGGGAACGAGGAAGAUAGACGGCGGGAAGCCGAUGGAGUGGAUAGGAAUGAAGAGGCGUUCGAGAGUGAGGCAAAAGCGAUGAUACGAGACGGAGAUGACAAUUGGGAAGCAGACAGGUGGUUGACCGCGUCGGAUGGGCGCGGGCAUUUGCAGGAUAUCGAUAAAGAAAGGUUGCGGGCGUUGAUGGAACCGAUUCGCCAGGACGAGCCCGUAUUACAGCAGAUGUGGGUUGUUUUCGAGCGUGUGUUGUUGGACAGAGCGUACGCAGCAGCCGUCGAUUGUAGUCCGGGGACGGUCGAGGUACCCCAUCAUGUCCUGCAAUUCUAG